AUGAACCUCGACGCUGUUAUCCCGCCACAUGUGCUCACUAUCGCUGGCUCCGACUCUGGCGGCGGCGCUGGCAUCCAGGCCGACCUGAAGACUGUCUCCGCCCUCGGCUGCUAUGGCAGCAGCGUAAUCACCGCCCUCACAGCCCAAAAUACCCUUGGCGUACAGGGCGUGCACGUUGUGCCCCCCGAAUUCGUCACUGAGCAACUCGAAUCGCUCUUCAGUGACGACCUUGUCCCCACCGCAAUCAAGUUUGGCAUGCUAGCGGGUCCCCCAACCAUUUCAGCUUUGGCAUCGUAUCUCUCGGCCCUCGCGACCCGCCCAUUCCUCGUCUUGGACCCAGUCAUGAUCAGCACGUCGGGACAUGAACUGCUCGCCCACUCGGCCCGCCAUGCUCUUAUGUCACACCUCCUCCCCUUAGUGGACCUUGUGACGCCCAACAUUCCCGAGGCCGGCGUGUUGUUGGGGUCGGGGUCUAAUCCAAACCCGAAGAAUCUCGGUGACGUGGUCGCCCUUGCAAAGGAGCUGUAUCCGGUGCUUAAUGGUCCAGCUCUUCUUCUGAAAGGUGGACAUUUGCCCGUUACCCGUUCUUCGGUGGAAGAGUUUAUCGAAAAGAAUGGAGACGUGUCGGUUGUUUGGCUUACUCCGGGACCGAUUGCCGUUAUCGACGAUUACCGCGCCACUCUCAACCUCGCACCACGGAGCGAGGACGUUGUCGUCGAUCUCCUGGUCGAAGACGACGGAAUGACACUCGUCGUCGGACCGUGUGUUGAUACCUCGUCGACUCACGGCACAGGGUGUACCCUCUCGGCGGCGCUUGCGUCAUGCUACGCCCUCGAGGCUGAGGCGCGCCAGGUCAAUGGCGACAAGGCGGAUAAGCCCAAUGGUGACAUGAAGGGGCGCAAGCGUAUCUCGCAUGAUGCCGUACGCAAGGCCAUCGCGUACACCCAAACGGCGAUUGCCACUGCACCGAAGAUGGGCCGCGGAAACGGGCCGCUCAACCACGGACACUCUGUGGCGCCGCGUGUGAUCCCUACACCCACAAUCCACAACCCCGCCCCGUUCACGUCGCACCUCAUCGCCAACGCCCCAGACUGGGACGCAUACGUCAAGCACCCGUUCGUCAUUGCGCUUGGCAACGGUACACUCCCCCGCGAGGCGUUCGUCCACUACAUCACACAGGACUACCACUACCUCAGGCACUAUGCGCGUGCGCACGCUGCAGGCGCUGCAAGGGUUGAGGAUAUGGCGACGAUCCGAGCGCUCUCCGAGAUUGCGCUACACGUCGCCCGCGAGAGCGAGAUGCACAUUGAGUUCUGCGCGUCGUUCGGCAUUAGCCGCGCCGAUCUCGAGGCUCUCCCCGAAUCGGCCGCGUCGUCCGCGUACGCCCGCUACGUCCUGGACAUGGCCAAUUCCGGCGACGUGCUGGACAUGCUCGUCGCCGUCCUCUCCUGCCUGAUUGGGUAUGGUGAGGUUGGGCUGUGGCUCAAAUCGCGCGUGGCGACCGGCGAGACAAUCGAGGACGGAAACCCCUACAAGCGGUGGAUGGACGACUACGCCGGCCCCGACUUUAUCGGGGCGGUGCGCCGUGGUAUCGCGACCCUCGAGGAACGCGUGGUCCGCGAACAGCCCAGCGCGGCAAAGGUCCAGCGCCUGAGUCAGAUCUUUGCAGAGUGCACGCGCCUCGAACGCGCGUUUUGGCAGAUGGGGCUCGACCAGAGCUGGUAG